AUGAAGAUUGAAGUGUCUGAUCUGCUAUGGGAAAAACUUAUAGAAAAACUGAACGGUUCAAAACUAGAGGAGGUAGCUAUUGUGAUGAGGGGCCUAUGGCUAAGAAGAAAUGAGAGCAUUUUCGAAGACAAGUUCAAAUCUCCAAGCCAAGUAAGAAGAAUUGCUAAACAUGAUAUGACAGAAUAUCAACAAGCUCAACAUACUGAUAAGGCAAGUUUGAGAAUGAAUGAUGAGAGUUGUAGCAAAACUAUAAGGUGGGAAAAACCAAGACCAGGCUAUGUAAAAUCCAACUGGGAUGCAACAAUAGAUAAGAAGGAAAUGAAGGUGGGCAUAGGGGUUGUAAUUGGAGAUGAAGAUGGGGAAAUGUUAAUAGCUGUGGAGGGACAGAAGUAUGAUGUUGACCAGCCUGUUGUUGCUGAAGCUCAUGCUCUGCGAAAGGCACUGGACGUAUGCAGAGAACUAAGUUUUGAUAAGGUAUUGUUCAAGGGUGAUGCUCAAGUGUUCAUCAAAACUGUUAACAAUGCAAGUGAAGAUUUAUCAUUCUAUGGAAGUUUAAUUGAAGGCAUGAAACAGUUACUAAAGCAUAGGACAGAUUGGAUAGUACAGUUUACUCAUAGAACAAAUAAUGGGGCAGCACAUACAUUAGCGAAAGAAAGUUUAUCAUUGCAGUCUGAAUUGAUUUGGAUAGAAGAUAUACAUGAUUGUAUUCAAAGAAUUGUAGAGAGUGAGAGUUAUUGUAAUGACUAA